AUGACGAGCCGGCCUGUUGUCACCAUUAUCUCUGCCGAUGGCAAGGCCAGCGAGCAGACGCACCCCCUCCCGGAGGUGUUCAAGGCCCCCGUGCGCCCGGAUGUCGUCCAGAUCGUCCACACCGGCAUGGCCAAGAACAAGAGGCAGCCGUACGCCGUGAGCGAGAAGGCUGGCCACCAGACCUCCGCUGAGUCCUGGGGUACCGGCCGUGCCGUCGCCCGUAUUCCCCGUGUCUCCGGUGGUGGUACCCACCGCGCUGGCCAGGCUGCCUUUGGUAACCAGUGCCGUUCCGGUCGCAUGUUCGCUCCCACCAAGGUCUGGAGGAAGUGGCACCAGAAGAUCAACGUUGGCCAGAAGCGUUUCGCUACCGCCUCUGCCCUCGCUGCCUCUUCCAGCCCCGCUCUCCUGCUGGCCCGUGGUCACUCGGUUUCCACCGUCCCUGAGGUCCCGCUCGUCGUUUCCUCGACCGCUUUCGCCAACGGUGCCAUCUCCAAGACCUCCGCUGCCCUCGCUCUCCUGAAGGCUGUCGGUGCCGGUGCCGAUGUUGAGAAGGUCAAGGCCUCCAGGAAGAUCCGCGCCGGUAAGGGUAAGCUCCGUGGCCGCCGCCACCGCCAGCGCCGUGGCCCUCUUGUCGUCUACGACCCCGAGUCGGAUGGCAAGGAGCUCGUCACCGCUUUCCGCAACAUCCCCGGUGUUGAGACCUCUUCGGUCUACUCCCUCAACCUCCUCCAGCUCGCUCCUGGUGGUCACCUUGGCCGCUUCAUCGUCUGGACCUCCUCCGCCUUCCAGGCUCUUGACAAGAUCUACGGCUCCACCACCGAGCCCUCUGCGCUCAAGAAGGACUUCCUUCUGCCCUCCCCCGUCGUCAAGCAGGCCGACAUUGCUGCCCUCAUCAACUCCUCCGAGGUCCAGUCCGUCCUCCGCCCUGUCAAGGGUGCUGCCAUUACCAAGCGCACUGUUGUCCAGAAGAAGAACCCGCUCGUCAACAAGCAGGUUCUGCUCAGGCUCAACCCCUACGCCAAGCAGUUCGCUGCCCAGAAGCUUGGUCAGGAGAAGCUCGAGCAGCCCAAGGCUGCCAAGACCACCAGCGAGUUCAUCACCACUCUUCACGAGAACUAA